CAAAUGCUAUAAAUUCGUACGUGGAAUUUCAUUUGCUAUGUUUUUCGUUCCCUCAACAAACAAACUCCUAAAAAAGCCCUAAUUCUGAAAGUUUUCUGCCAUGGCAAUGGAGGAUUUCAAGCGUCUUCUUCUUUCUUCUUUCUUUCUAUUUCUUCUUCUCAUUCCUUUAGUAAUUGCAGCAGAGGAGUGCCAAUGUCCUGGAGAUCCAGAGGAAGAGGAAGGGAAACGAAAUCCAACUUUAGCUUUGAAAUACAAAAUCGUCGCCAUAGCUACGAUUCUUGUCGCCGGAUUCAUCGGAGUGGUGAUUCCUUUGCUUGGAAAGGUGAUUCCGGCGUUAAGUCCGGAGAAGGAUAUUUUCUUUGUGAUUAAAGCUUUUGCUGCUGGUGUUAUAUUAGCUACAGGAUUUAUUCAUGUUCUUCCUGAUGCUUAUAAGAGUCUUACGUCGUCGAAAUUGAAAGAGGAUCCAUGGGCAAAGUUUCCGUUCACUGGUUUAGUGGCUAUGGUGGCGGCUAUCGGUACUUUGAUGGUGGAUGCCGGUGCGAGCUCCUAUUAUGCUCGGAUUCAUCUUAAUAAGGCGCGGCCUGAAUUGAGUGGAGAUGAUGAGAUGCGCGGCGACGGUGGUGCUCAUGAAGGUCAUGUUCAUGUUCAUACUCAUGGCUCUCAUGGUCACGCUCAUGGCUCCGCCGACGGUUCAUCCACUGAGAUUCUCCGCCACCGUGUCAUUUCUCAGGUAUUGGAGGUGGGGAUAGUGGUACAUUCGGUAAUUAUAGGAAUUGGUUUGGGCGUUUCUGAAACUCCAAGCACAAUAAGACCCCUUGUGGCCGCCAUCACUUUUCAUCAGUUAUUUGAAGGCAUGGGGCUUGGAGGAUGUAUCGCACAGGCAAAAUUCAAGAACAGGGCAACAAUAAUAAUGGGGCUUUUCUUUUGCUUGACAACACCAAUUGGGAUAGCAAUAGGCAUUGGAGUAACAAAGACUUAUGAUGAAGAUAGCCCAAAAGCACUUAUAGUUGAAGGAGUUUUGAAUGCAGCUUCUUCUGGUAUCUUAAUCUAUAUGUCUCUUGUGGAUCUUCUUGCUGCUGAUUUUAUGAACCCUAGAAUGCAAACCAAUGGAAGGCUUCAAUUUUUUGCCAAUGUUUCCCUUAUUCUUGGAGCUGCUUUGAUGUCAUUACUCGCUAUCUGGGCGUAGAAAAUCCACCUAAAAUUUCAACCGUUUGACUUUUUGAUCGAAGAUAUAUUUUAUAGUGAGCUAUUAUCGAGUUAGUUAUUGUGUAUAGUUUAUUGGGUGAUAAAUGGUUUGUGAGGUAUGAUUUGAUUAUACAGUUUUUGCUUAUCUUGUUUGGAAUUUUGCUAGGUCAAAAAGAAAAUUGAUGUAAGAGUAAUUUGGAAUUUCAAUAAUUUUAGGAGCAGUGUUGAAUCAAUUAUUUUCAGCAAAUGACAUGUAUGGUUUUGAAUAUGACUGUUCAAUGGUUAAUUUUAGACCAUUUUUCAAA